AUGGAAUUUUUCGCCUUUUCGUUCCAGAAACCAUCUCGAAAAGACCGUUCGCAAGUGUCCGAAAGCAAAGCGAACAGUUGUGUGCUAUGGAAUAUGUAUAUGCCGGGUAUGAAUCCGAAAAUUGUGACAGACGCUAACGGUAAAACGUGCCGAAUCCAUUUGCCCACUCCCGUCUGCAAAGGAUAUUGCCGUACAAGUGAGUAUGGAACACAUGAUUUCCCGCACAGAAAACAACGAAGCGAGAUCUGCACACAUGAGGGUGGUGUGUUCGAGAAGAUUCCAAUGGAGGAAUGCGACGAAGGCGCUGAUCCAAAAAUCCGCACUAUAUGGGUUCUUAAAGGCAGUAAAUGUGUUUGUAAAAAGUAA